GUUUCCUCUAUGUGGGAUGAAGCAUGAAGUACACAUUUUCAUCUCCAUUUCCCUUGCCAUUUGCCAAACUCCAAGAAAACCCGUCACUGCUAAUUGUGGCUGCCACCAAAGAGAAAGAGAAAGUGAGAGAUGAGUGGGAAGAGAGUAUUGGUGGUGGGAGGCACAGGCUACUUGGGACAACAUGUAUUGCAAGGCUUUUCUCAGAUUCAUGGAGAUGGAGGAGGAGGAACAUCCUCCCAUUUCCAUCUGGCUUUCACUCAUCAUUCCACUCCUCCUCCUCCGCCUUUGCUCGAUGCAAUUCCUCAUUUGCUCGCUUAUCAUGUUGAUUUGAUAACUGGCCAAGGUUUUGAUGCCAUUACCUCCUCGUUUGGCCAGCCCGAUGUGGUAGUGAAUUGUGCUGCACUCUCCGUACCCCGUGCAUGUGAAGUUGAUCCUGCUGCUGCUAUGGCUGUUAAUGUGCCAUCUUCUCUUGUUAAAUGGUUAUUGAGCUUCGAAAACAACUCCACUCUUCUGAUCCAUUUGUCAACUGAUCAAGUUUAUGAAGGGGUAAAGUCCUUCUACAAAGAAGAAGAUGAAGCUGUUCCUGUUAAUGCUUAUGGGAAAUCGAAAGUGGCAGCAGAGCGGUUCAUUUCUGAAAAUUAUCCAAACUUUGCAAUUUUGAGAAGCAGUAUCAUCUUUGGACCCCAAACCAUUGCUCCAGUUCCAAAAUCUCUCCCAAUUCAGUGGAUUGAUGGUGUACUGUCCAAAGGAAAUACAGUAGAGUUCUUUCAUGAUGAGUUCCGUUGCCCAGUGUAUGUAAAGGAUGUUGUCUCUAUCAUAUUAGCAUUGUCAAAAAAAUGGAUAUCAGAGGGUAAGCAAAUGCGAUUGCUAUUAAAUAUGGGUGGACCGGACAGGGUAUCCCGUGUUGAAAUGGCUGAGACAGUUGCCUAUGUUAGAGGAUACAACAAGUCAUUGAUCAAAUCAGUGUCUGCCUCAUCGGUGGACCGUGGAGUAAAAUCCCCCGCUGACAUAUCUAUGGACAUUACCAAACUGGUUCAGACACUUGGUGUUUCUCCAAUUUCAUUCAAAGAUGGUGUCACAUUGACACUUAAAACUGAGGCCAAAUCUUGAUGUCUAUAAUAGAUAUUUACUUUUUUUUUUUUUUGGUUGAAUAUGGAACUAGUUGCUUCUUACUUGUUUAAAAUUGAAUGCUAUUUCAUAGAUCACAGUCACCAUAUGAUUUUUAUAGUUAAGUUCUAUGUACUCUCAAUACUUUAUGGUGAAAUUACUGACAACUCGUUUUGGUUGUUUA